UGGUUCUUUAUUCCUGAAAUAGUCAAUAUGGACGUCAAGCUGGAAAAAACCGCUUUCGUCGUGGGUGAAACUAUAAAUGUAGACGUAACGUUAUUCAACGACACUUUUCUGGAUAUUUAUGCAGUUCUUGUUGAACUAUAUGAUAAAGUUGUGGCGAAAGUCGCCCUGCCAUUUCAUGAACUUCUAACUGUCCGCAGGCUGUUAGCUAGAGAUCAACGGCAUGGAUUAGAAUUUGGAACAAAGAGAUAUUCGUUCCGCUUAGAAAUACCGUUCUCUACCGAAAUUCCGAAUUUCCAGAACUGUACCCUUUUCACUCAGAAGGAAUAUUUAAAGGUUACGGCGUUGUUUAAGGACUCCUCCAGACCUGAAUUGAAAGUAGAAGUGGACGUAGUUUUGGGGCACUAUUUACACGAUAGACAAAGGGGAACCUUUAAAAAUCGUCAAGAUUCUACAAAAACUUGCCCGCCUGCGGAUGACAUGAUGUGGGACCCGUCUGCUAAUAUUUGGCUAUUACGUUCUCCCAGUCUACCAACUGAAACAGCAGAGUUAUAUCCUCCAUUACGAAACUUCAGAAGUUCAACCGGACAGCUUUGUACCGGGCCAAAUCCAGUGCCACUUUAUCCAACGCCUUCCGAACCAGAGCUAUUCUUCGAUGUCGAGGAGGUACUAGUGCCAGAAGCAAAUAAAUCUCCUCCGUACCCUGUAGAAGAAAGAAACCUUCCUUACCCAUCAAGCAACUACUGUCCUUAUCCCAAAGAAGAAAAAUCUUCGGGUACACUAUAUCCCAGUGUAAGCAUUUGCCCCUAUCCAACAGAGAACGACGAGAAAAGUCAACCUUUAUUUCACAAAUCAGUUACUGGCGCCUCUGAAUUACCUAAAAGAAUGCCUAUGCCUUCACAACCUACUCAUUUGUUUCAAAGAAACACUCUUCCUUAUCCACGCAACGUAGUGCCUCCGUAUCCUAUUGCAGAGGAACAUUUCAAUAACCCGAGGUUAGCCGAGUUUUAUUCUUCUUUACUUAUCAACACUGCUCCAUACCCUCCACAAGUACCUCCACCCUACCCACCUCCAAGGUAUGAUGAGAUUACUCUAAUGCCUAUGCCCAUGCCUGCAAAACCACCUACCUGUGAUUUGAAGGGGUUCGCUAAAUCUCAGUCGAACAAUCCUUUGGAAGAAGAUUUCCAACCUUCAGCUCCUCUAUGGUCUGACCUUAAAACUCCUCCCACAACUAAAAUGGAAGGAAUUAAAGAUCCUUUCGAGACCAGCACAAAAAACGACAUUACCGAAAUGGAAGAUAAAGAGGAAGAAGUUGAAGAUACUUCCACAAUCAAUACAAACGACGACACUACUGAAAUGGGACAUGAGGGAAAGGAAGAAAUUGAAGAUCCUUUCGAGAACAGUAAAAACGACAGCGCUACUGAAUUGGAAGAUAAGGAGAAGGAAGAAGUUCAAGAUACUUUCGCAACCGAUACAAACGACGACACUACUGAAACGGAACAUAAAGGAAAUGAAGAAAUUGAGAAUCCUUCUGGAACCAAUACAAACGACAGCACUACUGAAUUGGAAUAUAAAGAAAAGAAAUAUUUUGAUCAAUCAAUUGUUGAAACAGCACAAUCGAGCGGUGAAACUUGCCAAUCGUCAAAGAAGAAGAAGAAGAAAAGUCAACAGAAGAAAAAGGUUCUAGAAGCACUAUCAGCAUAACAGGUUGACCCACAUGACUGCACAUUGUAACAAUAUACCUCAAAUAUAUAAUAUUUAAAGUUAUACUAUAUCUACCAAUCUGCAAAUUGGAUGUAUUUAUAUGAAUAUGCAAUUAUUGUUAACCCUAAAUGGGUAAAGAUUGGUUGACCAAUUUUCAGAGUCACGCCACUGUUAGUUUCAAGGUUUAUUCUGAAGAAGAAACAUCAAUAAGUCUGAACCGUCUGAACCGACGAUGUGGCAACCAUUCUAGAAAUUGGUCGAGCAUUGACGAACGCCACACAAGCCUACAAACAAAGCUGAUAUGAAGAAGAAAAGAAGAAAAAAGAUGGUACAAAACUUAUAAGAGACAAACACGUGUGCCUACUAAAAUCCAAAGAAAUUUUAAUAAGUAGUCAUAAAAAAAUAAAUAAUUUUUUUUGAAGAGGUGUUUAUUAAAUUUUCCCGCCUCAAUUGUCAAUAGAUCUUUUUAAUAGUGACGUCACAUAUGCCAAGUAAUAGUCAACCCCAUUUUCAUAAAGAAUUUCCCAAUAUUUUUAAUAGAUCGAUUUUCGACCUUAUGUUACAUAAGUGCCAAGAAAUGUCUUCUUUGUCUUGACCUUAAAUACGCGAUAUUCGAGCAAUAUUAGAAAUAUUUAAGAAGUUUCAAACCUCAAACCC